GGCGGCAUCGAAGCCGGCUCGCGAUGAGUUACAGAUGAUCACGCGCAAGACUCGCAUACCUCUAUCAGAGGAGGGUCAAGGGGCCCCUAAGGCGGAAGCUUCUACAGUAGCAGUGACGGGGGUGACUGCCAGAGCGGAUCGCAUGGCAACAGUCCUUCUCGAUGGAAUGGAAGGUGUGCCUCCAGACAAAUUUUAUAUACUUGGUAGUGGGGCAGUGGAGACGAUUAUAAAUGAUGGAGCGAUACUUGAUGCUGUGAUCGAUAACUGCAGUGAGGCUGUUAUCAUAGACGACGACAUGGCAGUGCAGGUUGGGCUGGGCCUCGAUAGGUCGUAUCUAUUCGAGAUAGAGACGGUUGAUGGUAGAAAGCAACAGAUCACAGGGGUUUGUCACAAGGCAGCCAUAGAGGUCCAAGGGGUACGAGUGACCCUGCCUGUCUUUGCAGUCAAGAACUGCAGCUCUGACCUGCUCUUGGGACGGACGUGGCUGAGCCACGUGCAUGCGGUAACGAUAGAGCGACCUGACGGGAGCCAGACAUUGUCCAUUAAGAAGCCAGACGGGACACGCGUAAUGAUGGAGACAGUGGAACCUCGGGACCCGAGGAACAGAGCAGCUCUCGCUGUGGGAGUGAGACCCAGUGAUCAGGUUUGGUCGUUACCUAUCUCCAGCCGUGCGGUGCGAUUUCGAGAGAAGGAGUAUGGACCACUGCUUACAGAGGAAGAAGGCCGAGUGGUCGAGAUAGAAGAUUUAGGGAGUCGCGACGCGGAGCGGGGUAGGGUUGACCCUCGCUACGCGAAGCUUCCAAGGAUUUAUACCGUACCACAUGUUCCCUGGAAUGACGCGGGAUGGAAGUAUGCCCAGAAGGAGAAAGAGGAAGUUAUUGCUUUCCUGAAAGAAAAGAUGGUUUCCCAUGUCGCGGAACCGUCUGAUAGCGCGUAUGCUAAUCGAUGGUUCUUCUUACGGAAGCCGAAUGACAAGAUCCGAUGGAUACAGGACCUUCAGAAGGUCAACGCGGUGACAAUACGAGAUGUGGGCUCGGUGCCACACGCCGAUUUGUUAGCAGAAGGCGCCGCAGGUAGGUCGAUCUAUUCGGUCUGCGAUCUGUUCUCAGGAUAUGAUGAGGUACCGCUUGACCCUAGAGACAGACACCUCACGACCAUGCACAAGCCAUUGGGACUAAUACAAAUGAUGGUUGUCCCUAUGAGGUGGACAAAUGGGGUAGCUGUCUUUCAGAGAGCUAUGGUAGCCGUCCUCAAGGACUUCAUCCCUGAUAAGGUUGAAGUUUUUCUGGAUGACUUCCCUAUAAAAGGGCCAGUAGACAGGGAUGAGACGGAGGUCGUACCUGGAGUCAGGAGAUUCGUUGAGCAGCAUCUAACAAAUAUUUCCGCGGUGAUCGAGCAGCUGGACGAUGCCAAUUUAACAGUUAGCGGAACAAAGAGCCGAUGGGCCGUUUCAACUAUAAAVAUCUUGGGGUUUAUAUGUGACUCGAGAGGGCGCCGAGCAGACCCDGCAAAGCUAGACAAACUUCUGAACUGGCCGUCGCCGCUACAUAGCCCAACCGAGGUCCGGCAGUUUCUAGGAGUAGUCGGAUACUGGCGAAUAUUCAUACGGGGAUAUGCGGAGAAGGCUGAGCUCUUGAGGUUACUCCUUCGAAAGACUGAAAGAUUCUACUGGGAUUUUUCGCAGGAACUCGCGAUGCAAGAACUUAAAGACGAAUUUAAGGAGGGAGGACGCGUGUUGGGCGUGCCAUUCUUUGACGACGGGACCGAGAGACCCUUCAUAGUAUCCACGAAUGCUGGACCAUGUUCAGUGGGAGGUUUACUGUCUCAGAAGGACGCAGGAGGGAAGGAAAGACCGUUAGGAUUCGAGAGUAGGACACUUAAUACGACUGAGCGUAACUACAGUCAAUUCAAGAAGGAGGUGUUAGCUGUUCUACGGUGUCUGGAUACGUUCAGGCACUAUAUUUAUGGGCGACGGUUCAUCUUAAGAGUAGAUCCUACCGCAGUCGCCUCAGUCCUUCAGAAAGACUUUAGUCUGACAGACCCGACCAUCGCCCGAUGGCUGAUACGGAUUCGGCUAUACGAUUACACAGUGGAAAGGAUAUCUGGCACUAAAAAUGCCGUGGCAGAUGGACUUUCGCGGAUCCCUCUUGAGGCUGAGCGCCCGAUAGUAGCUGGGGCCCUGACGUUGGCGGAACCCAGACGCGCCGAGAGAUUUCUGGUUAACCUAUACGAGGGCAAGUACCGAGCGAUCGGGCUACACCUGACAGGAGAGRAGAGUCUAGAUUCAGAUAUUCGGAAGCAAGCCGCCAAGUACUGCCUUAGAGAGGGCCACCUUUUUCGAAGACCGGUAGGAUCGGGGAUGCCCUUACGAGUGGUCUGUGAUUCUGAGGAGAGACAGAUGAUAGUUGCGGAGCUUCACGACGGGGUAGUCGGAGGACAUAGGGGAAUCAAAGGGACCUACGAAAAGGUACGCAGGCUGUACUGGUGGGAAGGGCAGUAUAAGGACGUCGAGAGGUACUGUAUGACCUGCGAAGAAUGCCAGAAGAGGGCUCAUGUGAGGUAUAAAGAGCCACUUCAUCCAUCCUAUCCGACCAGGCCAGGAGAGAGGGUGCACAUCGAUCUAGUGAAGAUGUCGAAAGGAGUAGGCAAUAUGAACUCCGUCGUGAAUAUACGAGACGAUUUCACUGGGUUCGUGGACGGUAGACCUAUCAGGAGUAAGGCAGCAAAGGAGGUAAAAGAACUUCGUCCUAAUAUACUUAUCUAGGUAUGGUUGUAUCGGCAAGAUAGUGAUGGACAGAGGAUCGGAAUUCCUGGCUGACGAGGUUCAGGAAGUGUUCAAGAGAGUUGGGGCGAGAGUUUCGAUAGCCACCGCCUAUCACCCACAGACGAACUCCCCAGUAGAGAGAGGACACCAGACUCUGAUAGCGUCGCUGUCCAAGUGGUGCAAGGGUAAGGACAGUGAUUGGCCACGAUAUUUUCGAUAUGCAAUAUGGGCGGACAACGUCACGGUCCGGGCUAGUACCGGAUACCCACCCUACACUUUGUGGUUUGGGCGACAUUGCCCGCUUCCCAUAGAGUUUCACAUCGACAGCUGGACAACCGUCGACUGGGCGGAGGAGAUGUCCAGGGAGGAACUUAUAGCCGCCCGAACGAGA